AUGUCGAGCGAGGAAGAAACGAAGGAAAUCAGGGAGACGACGAAAGAAGGAAAGGAGACUGCCGAAGAGGAUCUGCAGAUAUUCGAAACGCUUUGUAUAUCGUCGCCCGGAAAGGAAGAGGCGAUGACCCACGACUUAAUUACCACGUUGAGGAGCGAGAUAGCAGCCCUCGAAUAUAAACGGGACAGGCUGAUGUCCGAGCUCCAAGAGACUAAGAAUAUCGCGAGAUCCCGGGAUCAACGAGUCGUGGAACUGCAACUGGAGGCUGAUCAACUUCGAGAACAAGCGGCCAGGCAGAAUUCCAUCGUUUCGAGUUUAAAGAAACGAAUACAGGAAUCAGAGGAGCGGGAGAGGAAUCUUUACGCCGCCCAAGGGAGGAGCGAGAUCGCGUUGCAAAGCUUGGAACGAGACUCGAGGUAUCACGAGGAAAAGGUUCGUGAAUGCGAGAAGAGGAUACGCCAAUUGGAGCGGGAGGCGUCGGACGAGAGGGAAUCGAAGGAGCGCGCCCGUUCCAGUUUUCAGGAGUUCGCCGGGAAAUUGGCGGGCGCGCUGACCGUGGAGUAUCGGGAAUCCGUCCAUCCAAGCCCCGAGUUGGUGAGCCAAAAGGUGGAGGAGUUGGUGCACGAGGCGAGCCGCCUUCGGGCGAGGAACACGGGCGUUGAAUCGCAGAUGGCCGCUCUGGAGGUGGAGUUCAGGGGGUGCAGGGACGCCUUGGACCGCGCAGUGGCCGAGAAGGAGCAGCUACAGCGCCAGGCGUCCUCCCAAUCCGUCGAUUUGGACCGUCUCAAACAGGACAAGGAGUGCCUCGAGAUGCGGUACAGGGCCGCUGAGAGGGAGUUGAACGAGUUGAGGGACAAGCUGAUCAGCGCGAACAGGAGCAUAAGCACGGCGAGCGGGAAUAUAUCGAGUCAGGAGGCGUUGAUCGGCCAGUUGCGAGCAAUUAUCAAGAUGCAUUAUCCUAUGACGUCGGUGGUCUAUCAACUGCAGCGCCGCGUGAGGACGCUGCGAGAACAAUUGCAGCGCAGAGAUCUUCACUUGGAUCUUCUUCGUAGAAAAUUAUCGCUUCAAGAAGAGAGCGUUAAGAUGAAAUCGUUGCUCCAAAAUGAAAGGGACGAAGCUUGCCUCAGGGCGAAGAAGUUGUCGAAGCAAACGGAUCGUUUGCAGGCGCAAAUUUUGGAGGAAAGAUCGAGAAAUCGGGAGUUAAGCGCGCAAUUGACGGAGGCCGCAGAUUACAAGAUAGCCGCCUUGGAGCGGAGUCGAAAGAUCGACGAGCUUCAGAAACGAUUGGUGGAGAGCGAGAUGCUGAGGACACGAUACUCGAGAAAAUUGAGCAUGUUGAAGGAACAAAUGAGAAGCGCAACCGAGACCGCCGAACAAGAGAGAUCCAUCAGCGAUCACUCGUUGCAAUUGCUCAGGGACGAGUUGGCUCAGGUUAAGCAAAAUCUUUCCGAAGUUACGAAAAGGGAAUCCCAAUUGCAAAGCUUCCGAGUAUCCGUGACGAAAUUAUUGUCGGAACCGAUCUGCACGCCCGAUUACGAGAUAAUCUCGCGAUUGCAGAAAAUGGUAGCGGCCCAUCGCGACUUCACCAUGAUUUCGCGUAGAUACGAGGAACCGUUGGAGACCAGCCCGUCCAGAUGUACUAGCAUACACGCGAUGCAUCCUCCCAGAUCGCCAGGAUGCGCGCGAUACGAGGACAACGAGUUCGCAGAUCCCCCGGAUCUUCGAGACAUCGAAGACGAGUUCAACAAACGGCCGGUACGAAGCAGCCUUCUCCCGUGACGUCGGCCUAUAUUUCGAUGCUAAACCCCUCCCCACUCCUAUAUCGAUAUCUCCGUCCGAGUCUAUUGUUUAAAAGUUUUUUUUUUUUUUUUUUUUCUUCUUUAUCGAACGUACGAACGACCGUUUCAUUUCUCACACGGCGAUCAUAGUAAGCCAUUGUUGAACGCGCGAUUCGACUGUGUGCGCGUGUGCGUAACACGGAGUUGGCGUGCAUAGCGUGUAUUGUAGAGUGGAACAACCGCAUUCCAGGAUGGUGUAGACGGUAGAGAGCGAGAACUGAAGUUGCGCAGCCUGUGCUGCGCAAUGCAACGCGAGGCCGAGACGGGACGAAGAGAACUAGUUUGUGCCUAGUUGCGCGAAUCCUAUGAGGAAACUCUGUAUAUGUUUCUUACAUCGUUAAUCGGUCGAAAAAUUUAUUCCACAUUCUCGAAACUUUUUCGAGAGUAUAUCUUUUUACGAUUCGACGAAAAUAGAUUUUAAGGAAAAGGGUGAACGUAUUGGGUGAACGAUAUAAUUUAUGAAGGAUGUAUCUUUAUAGAAAUAGGUUAGGAAAGGGCAUCGUUCAAAGUUUCGGAAUUUUAUUAGGGAGAUGGGGGUGCGUGAUUUUGCGGAACGCGUUUCUUGCCUGGAAGAGAAAUAAGUAUGCGUGUAUACGUAUACGUGUACAACCACGAGUUGAUACGACUGGUUAGCCGUGAACUUGGCCAAGAGUGAACUACCUCUUCCUCUGCAGAAUCGUGAAUGCAAAGUCGCGCUAGCUUUGGCCUCCUUCUUAUUUCUCGUCUGUACGAACGCGUGCGCUGCAGUUAUUUUGAGGGAGACGGGGACCGUGUUGUCUCUCGUUUUCAAACUAACGCGUGAUACCAAGCAACUAGAUGUGCAUUUGUAUGUUGUAUUUUCCCUGUUCUUCGUAUUUUUUUUUUUUUUUUUCAUGAUUUGUCCGUGAUUUAUGUCAACGAUUUAAUUAUUCGAUCGAUCGAUUUUCCUUAAUUAUUCGAGAAUUUAUCGCUGAAAUUUAUUUACGGAUUCUCGUCGUUGAGAGAAGAAUGCUAGAUGAGAUAAGAUAAAAAGAGAGGAAAUAAUCAUUUCGCAUCUUUUAAUAAAUCUCACCGAUUCUGAACUUUAUCGUGAAAUAUUUGUUUCGCGUAAUUUACCUUAACAACGGAUGAUUCGCGUCGAGUGAAAAAUAAGUAAUGAAAUAAAAAACGCUAUGUAAUAUAAAGUACGAGAGAGAUGUUUGCAUCUACUUAUCGAACAAAAUCACGCAUUCUUCUGCAUUCAUGCUUGCAUUUACGAUGUAUCCCAUACAUACUCCCGCGUAAAUAUAAAUAUAUACGUA